AUGGAAAAUCUAGAUAGUGUUGGAGAAUUAAGCAUUGAUGAUCAAUAUGAAAUAAUAGAUGAAGUUGACUUGGAUGAAGAUGAAAUUAUUGAUGUUGGAAUGUCUAUUCAAAUGAAAAUUUUAAAUCACUCUAAAAAAGAGAUGGAAAAGAGGCAACAUAUUGGUUCUGUUAUCAUAUUAUGUCAUGUUGUCCAUGCAUUUCAUUUGAAUCAAAUUUUAUCAACAUGUCUGCAUAGUCGAGUCACUUAUUCUCCACAGAGUGAGCGUAGACGUAGUGAGUUAAUGAGUUAUCUAGUACAUACAGAGAAGUGUCACGAUAUCAUACGCAUGGGGCCUGGAGCUUUCAUGGAAUUGUGUCAAAAAAUAAGAGGCACUGGUAUAGUAAAGGACACUAUAAGGUCUACAGUGGAAGAGCGGGUAGCAAAAUUCUUACAUAUUAUAGGACAUAAUGUUAAAACGCGUACUGUGUCAUUCUUCUUUUAUCGCUCCGGAGAGACAAUUUUUCGCCACUUUCACAAUGUAUUGCAUACCAUACUUGCAUUAGGAGAAGAGUUUUUGAUCCAACCAUCAGGUACCGAUGUACCACCACAAAUACUUAACAAUAGCAGAUUCUAUCCAUUUUUUAAGGAUUGCGUUGGAGCUAUAGAUGGCACACAUAUUCGAGUGAAGGUUCCCAGGGCAGAAGCCCCUCGUUUUCGUGGAAGAAAAGACCAUCCCACUCAAAAUGUAUUAGCUGCUUGCAAUUUCGAUAUGAAAUUCACAUAUGUGUUAGCUGGGUGGGAAGGAACGGAAUCUGACUCUAGAAUAUUAAAAGAUGCUUUAAGUAAACAAGACCCUUUAAUAAUUCCCGAAGGAAAGUUCUAUCUCGGGGAUGCGGGAUUUAUGCUAAAACGGGGGUUACUAACACCAUAUAGAGGCGUCCGUUAUCACUUGAAAGAGUAUUCCACUAGAGGGCCACAAAAUCCUCGAGAACUAUUCAACCUUCGACAUUCUUCACUUCGAAAUGUUAUUGAGAGAACUUUUGGUGUGUUAAAAAAGAGAUUUCCAAUUAUUGCUAGUGGCACUGAACCCCAUUAUUCAUUUGAAGUUAUGAUAGACAUAGUCUUUGCUUGUUGUAUACUACAUAACUUUUUAAUGGGUGUGGACGUUGAUGAAGGUUUGAUUGCUGAAGUUGACUGUGAACUGCUUCAAAAUGAGAUAGAUAGAUCUCAAACACAACAACGUGAUGAGGACUACAGACUAGGUUCACUUUUAAGGGAUGCUAUUACAACUGAAAUGUGGAACCUAUAUGGAGUUUAA